GCGUUGUAUGUAGCGCCUGCACCGCUGGAUGUGUCGCUCACCACAAAAACAUUCGGAGCAGAGGCGUCUUCUUCAGCUCGGACUUUGCACCCUGAGCGCCGCUGGAAAAUGACGACGCUGACCGCUUCUUGAAGGAACAGAACAAACAAACAGAGGUUCUCCCGCUGAGAUAUGGGGUCUGUUGCGGGCAAGCGCUACGGCCUCAUUAGGGGGUUGAGUUCCCAGAACGGUGGGAGUGGACAAGACGGCGACUGCGAGCAUAUUAUCGAAAGUGAUGACAAUAGGAAGCAAGGGCCCAGCGUGGUCGACAGCUCAGGAGACUCUGUGAACUGUCCCACCUGCCAGGGCACCGGACGCAUACCCAGAGGUCAGGAAGGAAAGCUGGUGGCCGUCAUCCCCUGCAAUGACCAGCGGCUGAAACCAAGGCACACGAAGCUCUAUGUUGCUUUGUCCGUCGGCCUUUGCCUCCUGACCAGCGCCCUGGUGUUGUUCUUCCUGUUCCCGCGCUCCGUCCUCCUGUCUCCCGUAGCUGUCCAGUCGUCCUUUGUUUACUUCCACAACACAAGCGUCGAAAUUAACAUCAUGAACGUGUUGAACAUUACCAACGACAACUUCGUCGAGGUGAAGGCCUACAAUCUGACAGUGCAGGCCCUCAACUAUAACUCCGUCGUGGGAUCGACCACCGUCAAAGAUGUCGCCUCCAUCAAAGCUUUGUCGGUGCAUACGUUGAAAUAUGUGAUCCCCAUCAACGUGACGGAUCCUGCCAUGAGUGACUACUGCAAGAAAGCCACGAUACCUGUCCACAUCCUGUUCCUGCACCUACAAAUGUCCAUGACCGUCUACUACCUGGCCCACUACGAGCAGCUCUCCCUGGAGACGUUCGAAUACAUAGACUGCGGGAGAAACAGCACCAAACCACACAACGUUCAGCCUCCGCCCACCUGACGGACGGACGGACGGACGGAUGGCGGAGGAGCAAACGAAGAAAUACGACGGACACUGUUUGUGUGGUGGAAUAGUUUGACCCUUGUUUUACUGAAUGUUGAAUGAGAUGACGGGUGGCUGAAGACAUCUGCAAAGGGAAGAUGAAUCAGUAGGUCUAGGAGUGUUUUUAGAUUUGGUGAUGUAAUCCGCCGAGACUGUCUUUUUAAAUGCUCUGGAUUUUAUAAUAAUUUGAAUCAUGUGACCAACCGUUGUAACAUAUGCAUGGCUUCAUGUGAGUACAGGGAGUUUACACUGAUACGUAAUCCACAGUGUCUUUUGUUUGUAUUGCCUAAAAAUACAAAUCUACUUUAGUACGUACUGUAUAUAAGAAAUAUCCUUUUUGGCAGCCAGUGGCUUGCUUUUUGAGAGGGCGUUUUUAAUUUUUGCUGCCACCGAAUGUUCUCCUAUGGUGUGAACUGAGUGGUAUUUAUGUAGUUGCACUUUGCAAUCUGACCACUGGAGGUCACUUGAUCCAGUAUACUGUGCCUUUAAGUGUAUCACAAAGACUCUGUGGCCUAGAUUAUUAUUGUACUAAAUACUUACUGUAUGGCUAUGCUGUGAUUCUAAAUUUGUAACCUUCUAGAGGAUACGUGGGUGUAGUUGUGUAUCAUAUACUGUUUGUCUUUGUGCCACAACAUAAACUAAACCUGUACAAAAUGA